GCUGAGACGGGGGCAGGACAGGAGCGUGUGGAGGGAAGUCUGCAGGAGAGAGGCAUCCUCCAGGGUCCGGAGCAUCCAGAGGCAGCUCCUCCUGCGUGCUGGGAAGGGCUCCGGGCACCUCCAGCCCUUCUCGCCCUCUGAAGCUCAAGCCAGAAGCUCUGGGUGCUUGCUGAGUUGGUGACAGAGCUACAGAGCUGGUACCCCCAGGACCCCCUGCCCGUCUUCUCUCCGCUCCCCAGCAUGGAGGAAGGUGGCGAUUUUGACAAUUACUAUGGGGCAGACAACCAGUCCGAGUGUGAGUACACGGACUGGAAGUCCUCGGGGGCCCUCAUCCCCGCCAUCUACAUCUUGGUCUUCCUCCUGGGCACCACAGGCAACGGGCUGGUGCUCUGGACCGUGUUUCGGAGCAGCCGGGAGAAGAGGCGCUCGGCUGACAUCUUCAUCGCCAGCCUGGCGGUGGCUGACCUGACCUUCGUGGUGACCCUGCCGCUGUGGGCCACCUACACGUACCGGGAUUAUGACUGGCCCUUUGGGACCUUCUCCUGCAAGCUCAGCAGCUACCUCAUCUUUGUUAACAUGUAUGCCAGCGUCUUCUGCCUCACCGGCCUCAGCUUUGACCGCUACCUGGCCAUCGUGAGGCCAGUGGCCAACGCGCGGUUGAGGCUGCGGGUCAGCGGGGCGGUGGCCACGGCGGUCUUGUGGGUGUUGGCUGCCCUACUGGCCAUGCCUGUCAUGGUGUUCCGCUCUACCGGGGACCUGGAGAACACCACCAAGGUGCAGUGCUACAUGGACUACUCCAUGGUGGCCACCUCGAGCUCCGAGUGGGCCUGGGAGGUGGGCCUGGGGGUCUCGUCCACCGCCGUGGGCUUCGUGGUGCCCUUCAGCAUCAUGCUGACCUGCUACUUCUUCAUCGCCCAGACCAUCGCCGGCCACUUCCGCAAGGAGCGCGUGGAGGGCCUGCGAAAGCGGCGCCGGCUGCUCAGCAUCAUCGUGGUGCUGGUGGUGACCUUCGCCCUGUGCUGGAUGCCCUACCACCUGGUGAAGACUCUCUACAUGCUGGGCAGCCUGCUGCACUGGCCCUGCGACUUCGACCUCUUCCUCAUGAACGUCUUCCCCUACUGCACCUGCAUCAGCUACGUCAACAGCUGCCUCAACCCCUUUCUGUACGCCUUCUUUGACCCCCGCUUCCGCCAGGCCUGUGCCACCAUGCUCUGCUGGGGCCACAGCAGGUGCGGGGGUAGCUCCCCCAGCAGCAGCGGGGAGAAGUCGGCCAGCUACUCUUCGGGGCACAGCCAGGGGCCCGGCCCCAACAUGGGGAAGGGUGGAGAGCAGACGCAUGAGAAGUCCAUCCCCUACAGCCAAGAGACCCUUGUGGUUGACUAAGGCUGGGAAGCCUGGUGCCCUCAGCCCCACCCAGCCUCUGCCCUUGCUCCCUGAGAAUCAGGUAGCGUAGCUGCAGCUUCUCCCUUGCACCCCACUCCUUUCUCGGCUCCCUGCUUCCCGUCUCCCUCUUGUCUUCUUGCUCCUUUACUCUUUCUCAGAGGUUUGUGGUUUAGUACGAAAGAGGCUGCGCCCGCAGAGCAUUGCUUGGCUCAUCAGUGUCUGUGAGGCUGGUGCUGCAUAAGGCUCUGAACCACCCUGAACCUCAGUUUCUCCAUUGGUAUAAAAUGGGGGAAAGUCAUACUGACCCUAAAAGGUUGAAGGGUGAGUGCUGACUCAAUAAAAAUUUGUUUCC